UAUAGUUUGGUGGCACCAAGGGCCAAUAGCUAACCAUAUAGUAAACACUUUCUUCCUUGUUCACAAAUUUCUCCUUUCUAUCCCCCAACCAAUCUCUCUCUAUUUCUUUCCCUCUCCUCUAGCAAUGGCAAUCUGCGCACAAUCUCCAUUCAAACCCGUCAAUCUAUCACCUCACUCCCCUUCUCCCACCCACAAAUCCCCAUUCAUCUGUAAACUUUCUCUCUCCUCCCACUCAACCCACUCACCUCUCACCACUGAACCAACACCACUCCUCACCUCCGUCACCACCUUCGCCCCCGCUACCGUCGCCAACCUCGGCCCAGGGUUCGACUUCCUCGGUUGCGCUGUCGAUGGCCUCGGUGACUUCGUUUCUCUUUCCGUUGACCCCUCCGUUCAUCCCGGUCAACUCUCCAUCUCCUCCAUUUCCGGCGACGCUUCUUCCAAACUCUCCAAAGAUCCCCUUCUUAACUGCGCCGGUAUCUCUGCCCUAGCCGCCAUGAAGCUCCUUAACAUUCGCUCCGUCGGCCUUUCUCUAUCUCUCCAAAAAGGGCUCCCACUUGGCUCCGGUCUCGGAUCUUCAGCAGCUUCCGCUGCUGCUGCCGCUGUUGCUGUGAACUCCCUAUUUGGCUCCCCUCUCUCUCCACUCGACCUCGUACACGCUGGACUUGAGUCAGAAUCUAAAGUUUCCGGUUACCACGCUGACAACAUUGCACCGGCGAUAAUGGGUGGUUUUAUCUUAAUCAGGAGUUAUGAGCCAUUGGAUUUGAUGAAAUUGGAGUUCCCUGAGACUAAUGAUUUGUAUUUCGUAUUGGUUAGUCCGGAAUUUGAAGCCCCAACGAAGAAGAUGAGGGCGGCAUUGCCGAAGGAGAUCGGGAUGCCGCACCACAUAUGGAAUUCUAGCCAAGCGGCAGCAUUGGUGGCGGCAGUUUUGAUGGGUGACGUAGAAGGGAUAGGAAAGGCAAUGUCUUCCGAUAAAGUGGUGGAGCCAAGGCGGGCACCAUUGAUUCCCGGGAUGAUGGCGGUGAAGAAGGCGGCUAUUGAAGGGGGAGCGUUCGGGUGUACAAUUAGCGGGGCAGGGCCUACGGCUGUGGCAGUAACGGAUAGGGAGGAGAAGGGAAGAGAGAUCGGAGAGAGAAUGGUGGAAGCGUUUUGGAAGGAAGGAGGGUUAAAGGCUGCCGCUGUGAUUCAAAAGCUAGAUAGAGUUGGUGCUAGAGUUGUUAGCAGUGUUCCCAGAUGAAUUUUGUUUGGGGGUAUGUUUUUUUCAAAGCUUUUGUCUUUUUGAUCAGUUUUGACUGAUAAGUAUUUGAGAUGAGUUAGGGAAGGGAAAUAAAUUGUAUUUUGCUGUAGAAGAUUAAUUGAAUUAUAAUUUAAGGAGCAUUGAAGCUGAAUUUAUGUUUCUUCUUAAUUUGAGAAUGUGAUCUUGAUGCAAUUUGUACUGA